AUGGCAGGAAGGUCGAGAACCGUUCCCCUCCUCCUCCUCCUCCUCCUCCUCGCCUCCUCCCCACUACAUGCCGCAGCUCAGCUCUGCCAUGCUCCUAACGCCACCCUGUACUGCGGAGAGGCUUCUUCCUUCGUCGAGGCUGACGGAACCGACCUUGGUUUCAACAGCUGCUCCAUGAAAGCCUGCCGGGAGUUCCCGGCGGUUCAGAAUGGGAUGGCAGUCUUGCCGAGGAGCGACUAUGUGCUGGUAGGAGAGACGAUCACGAUCAAGUGCAACCAGGGAUACAAGCUGAGUGCCACUGGGAGCGAGACGCCAAGAUGCCUUGACAGCUGCGGGUUCGAGGCACACAAAACUUGCGUUCCUAUCACUUGUACUAUCCCGAACAUGGCGAAUGCGGAGAUAACAAGCGUUCAUCAGAGGACGUCGAAUGGCGUCAAGUUUGUGGAGUAUCAAGAAUACAUCCGAGUUUCCUGCAAUCAGUUCUACAUGCGGAGUGAUUCCGCACACCAAUUCAACGAGAAAUGUCAGUUCAUCUAUUCUGUGAUGGUCUCUGUGGUCUUUUCAUAUCUUUUUUGCACCAUUCACAACAUUUCUCUCAUCACUGUCUUCAUCGCCAUCGCCAUCGCCAUCGCCAUCGCCAUCGCGAUCACUCCUCUGUCUUCUCGCCCAUUCCCUGUAUCCUUCUUCCGGGAGUGCUUGGCAGACGGCUCCUUCUCCAACUCACAGAUUUCGUGCAUCCCUAUCAAGUGCAAAGGGUAUCCUCCCACCGACUCUUCCCUCGCAUGCGACAACUCCAAGUCCACAUGCGUUCCCGUCUCCCCUCCUGCCAUCGCUGGAGUCGUCGACCUGACAAGGGAUCUGUCGUACGAGGAGCAGGUGAAGAUCAGCUGCAAGGACGGUUACCACUGGAACGUUACCCACAACUCUUCCUUCCUCCCGUCCAUCGCCAGCCCUUACAACUCCCGCAUGUGCUCCUGGACUUGCGAGCUCACGCCCAUGUACGGGGGAUGCUUCCCCAACGAGUGCAGGUUGCCGGCUGUGACCAACAGCGUGCUGAACAAGUCGGUGGUGUACUACCUCGACUCAACGAUCAUGACAUGUAACAAUGGACUGAUUCUUGACAAUCAGUGUCACUACACCAAAGAGCUCUUCUGCAAUGUUGCCGGGAACCCUGCCAGCUUCAGCGUCGAGUCGAACCUUCCCGUUUGCUAUAACGCCACUUGCUCCGUCAACACGUUGAGGUCUUUGGAUCAGAAUACAGCAACUGUCUCCCCUUCAACUCCUCCGAUAUUUGCGCAGGACGUGAACGUUACCUGCAAUAUUGGCUUCAGAGCUGGCUUGCUGGCGGAUCAGACGUCAACCUGCUCCAACGCUUCCUCCUAUAUCGCAACGUGCGGCAAAGGAACCGUCCAGACUCCUUCCUCCUACUCGCCUUGCGAAUGGAGCCGAAUCCUGAAAUGUCUUCCUGUUCAGUGUGUCGUGCCGGAGGUCGCAAACGGCGUUUCCUCCAAGAGUCUCUUGAGCUACGACCAAGUAUCUACCAUCACUUGCAACACUGGCUACGGCAUUACAACCAACGGCUCUGCUCUGUACUCUGCACACGAUGCAGUGAUCACCAGGGUAGUGAGAUGUCAGGCAGAUUGCAAUGCUGAAGAAGUCUACUGCAAGGAGCGGAGCUGUGUUGACAGAGCUCCGGGUGUGGUAGAGACUGUUCCUUGCGCCGAUGGCAAGGUGGUUGAAGGAACAACAACAUGUCAGACUGUCUAUUACAAGCGCUGUCGUCUUGGCAACAUUGAGUAUAGCAAGGCUGCUGAUGGUAACUACACAUCCUUUCCUCCUUCCUGCAUCGCCAAGGUCUGCAACAACGGCUGUCCCAUCGCAUGCACAGAUUUUUCGCAGCUCACGAACAUCGUCGCUCCCUCCUCUAUCGCCGACGGACAGACUUUGUCUGUCAACUGCUCCGCUGGCUACGCUGACCGGCAGGCGAGCUGCAGUACCUCGAUCUCUGUCACUUGCAGCAAGGGCUGCGCUACCUCGUUGUCACAGUGCCAGGCGUCAAGUUGUUCAGUGCAGCUCCCGGCUAACAACAUGAUUGUCAACACUCAGCAGACUUUCACCAUGGGCCAAUCCUCGUCAGUCACGUUGAAUUGUUCCAACAACUACAUCUAUCAGAACUCAAACUGCGUAUCCUCCCGCACCAUAUCUUGUACCUGCGGUGUUCUUACCAUGCCCGCUGAUAUGCGAUGUGUCAUCAAGGGCUGUCAAGGCAGCUGCCAGCGCGAUUGCUCUGCAAAGGUCGAUCAAAAUGCUCUUUCCAUCGUUCCCUCCACGAGUUUGUCAUACUUGCAGACAGUACAAGUGACAUGUAAGUCUGGAUUUGCCGCUGUCCCAAUCUCCUCUACGCGCCCUUACGCUGUCUGCAACUUGUCGUCGUCUUCGUACACAGACACUUGUACCGACUGCACUUUCCAGACUACGUGCAAGUUGACGGGCUGUCCUGGUUUUGACAAGUACAACACAACAGACUCUCUUGCGGAGAUACACGGAAAUGCCAUCACCUUCAAUCCAGACCCGCAACAAGUAUCAGAUUCUAACUCCACGAGCUUCUCUGCCGUUUCUCCAAUCACCGUGACGUGCCCCACUGGUUAUCGCAUCUCAACAACAGACGCUCCUUCUGCUUCCAUAGCUCGAUCCUCCAACGCCAUUUGCAACCCGACCACUUGCACGCCUACGAAGCCUCAAUGCAGAAGAAUCACGUGCGGAAACUUUCAGAUCAAGUCAACGUUCUCAGGUCUUCUCGAGUCCUACAACGGAUCUUCCUUCUCCCUCAGCAACGGCUCCACCACCACUCUCCUCUUCGGAGACACGUUGACGUUGACUUGUCAAGACUUCUACCGUCUCGACAACAGCAACGUGCAAGCAUGCCAGUACAUGUUUCAGGUGCGCUGCCAGGACGACGGCACCAUAGUCUCUCUCUCCCCGCAUGUUCAGACGGCAGACGUCAGGACGCGCACGUGCGUGAGGCAGGCUUGCCUUGUGCAGUGUAGUCAGUGUAUGAGGUACUCAGGAGAUAACUCUACCAUCUACACCAGGUGCGACGACGAGCAAGGUCUGUGCCCUCCUACAGCCCCGCAGUCGUACGAGGAAGCUUGCUCCUCUGUGACUGAGUUCCGCACGGACAGAGGAGGAGGAGAUACAAAUCAGGCUCGCUGCAACAUCCGGAUCCUCUCCUCCUCCCCUUGUCUUCCAGUCCAGUGCCGCCCGCUUGCUCUUCCAGCCAACAGCCUUUCGUCCUCUCCUCCUCUCAACUCCUCCAUCUUCUCCUGCGGACAGGUCGCAACCAUCACUUGCAAGGAUGGCUACAUGCCUGAGAGCUUGUUGGACGGCCCCGGCGCCUGCGCCAGCUCCUUCAACGUCACCUGCGGGUCCUCAGGGCUAUGGCAGAACGUCCAACGUUGUGUUCCCAAGCUCUGCCACGUCACUGAUUACCAGCUUGUCGAGCACAGGUUGGCUGUGGGGAACAACUUCGUCCUCCCUUGCCCUACCGGGCAGGAGGCUGGCAAGGCUGUUUGCGGCAACGACUGCCUCCUUUCCCCUCCUCCCUCCUGCUCCCCAGUCUCCUGCUCCUUCAACCUCACCCGUGCCACCAACGUACUGCAAGCCUCGCCAUCCUCUGCAGUCUUCGCAAGCAGCGUGCAGGUCACCUGCGCAGCAGGGUACAUCGCUUCCUUCACCUACCGGCAAACAUGCGACAAGAGCUUUUCGACCAUCUGCCAGGCUGACAAGACGUUUGACAGACAGGACGGGGCCCAGUGCCGCCUUGCUCAAUGCCCGAGGUACCUGGAGGUUGACCCCAAUGUGGUGGAGGACUCCUCCUCUUCCCGCCUUGCCGCCUACGGGGAGACGUGCUUCGAUCUCAAGUGCAAGAGAGGAUACGGACUCGACGGCAGCCCCAGCAACGUCUCCUUCACAAGGAGGUGCGGGCGAGCUGACGUCAGCAAGCUGGCAUGCCAGUGGGAGGACGGACCCCUCUGCAAGCCCAUCAUGUGCGGCUCUUACCCCGCCGAUGCGAGGACGGUGGCCGUCGGCAGCAGCAACGCGAGCAUGCAGCACCGGUACGGCGACACCUUCACCGGGAGGUGCAUGGACGGGUACCAGGUCCAGGGCAGCAACUGCGCGCAAACUUUCACCUCCACCUGCCAGCUGGACGGGACGUUCAGCCAGAUCGCCACCUGUGUCCCCGUCCGCUGCCCCAAGUUUUGCGACACAGUAAACCAGCUGGAGUCGAACUGGCAGAGGAUGCCGUACGCAGAGGACGACCGGGUAGGAGACUACAAGACCCAGCUCUCCCUCAAGUGCCUGGAGGGGUACGCAUGGGACCCCAGCUCGACGGGCUCUAGAGCUGUCACCUGCCAGCAGGACUGCAGGUGGAGUCCAGCUCAGACCUGCCUGCCUGUCACCUGCAGCGCUCCCACAACGAUCGACCUGACCACCAUCGACGUCGCUGCCGACGCUUACUGGAGCUCCUUGCCAGUGGCCCCGUACGGCAAGUCAGUCAACCUGCAAUGUCGAGCUGGGUACGAGCUGGUCAAUUCGAACCUGAGCCUCCUCGAGCUGCCUGUCUUUGGGCAAGUGACUGUCCUCGCUUACAAGAAGUUCUCUGUUCCCAGCGCGACAGCAGACACGACUUUCACUCUCCCCGGCGCCUUCAGCUAUCUCUCCCUCACCAUCCCUGCCGGCGCCUGGCCAGCAGACCUCAAGGAGGGUCCUUCCAUGCAGAUCUUCCAGCUGCCGUCCAGCUACAAGCAGCAGGACUCCCUCUCCAUCCUCGGCCCAGCUGUCAACUUUGGGCCGGAGGGCGUCAAGUUUUCGAAGCCAGUCAGCAUCUCCCUCCCCGUUGACCCCAGCACGGACAUGGGAAAUCGCAAGUUUGCGGCCCUCCGCUUCAACCCCACCAGCAAGUUGUGGGAAGAGAUCGCUAUCGACACCAGCAAGCCACCGGCAGCGCCAGGAGACAAGCUUGUGUUCGCCCUCACUUCCUCCUUCUCCGUCUAUGCCUCUGCCGCCCAGACCGUCCAGGCUACGGUUGCCUCCUCCUCCACGACUCCAGAGGGGAACAAGCUUAACAGAGGAGCAAUCAUAGGAGGCGUCGUCGGAGGUUUCUGCGGUUUCGUGCUCCUCCUUUCGAUCGCCUCCUACGUGCUGAAGGAGAAGAAGCAGGAGGAGCCGUUGGUCAUCGAGCCCGUCAAAGGAUCAGUCCAGCUGGCUUACUCUUCCGAGUCCACUCCAGCUCCACCUCCAGCUGAGCUGAGGAACGAGCACGGGGUGCCCCUCCUACAAGCUCCUAUCAUCCCCACGGGCCUUCCAGUUGUCCCAGGAGGGCCAGCAGCUGCUGCUACUGGUGCUACUGGUGCUGCUGGUCAGGACGCUGCCGCAUCGGAGGCAGCCCGGUCGAGGCCUGUGCAGUACGCUGGGUUUGCUUGA